AUGGAGACUUCGCGCAUAUUCGUACGCGGUCUACCGCCAAAAUUCUCGGAGGAGGAUGUCCGCAAACACUUCUCCAAAUUCCCCGUCACGGACGUCAAGUACUUCCCCGCUCGCCGCAUUGGCUACGUCGGAUACAAGACGCCAGAAGAUGCCUCCAAUGCGAUCAAAUACUUCAACAAGUCUUUCAUCCGCAUGUCUAAGAUCUUCGCAGAACCAGCGAGGGCUAUCGCGGACAAGGAACUACCCAAAUCGCGACGACAGCAAAAGUUUGAGAAGAGCGCCCCGAGAGACGAUGCCUACGUACCACCUCAGCAAGAGAACAACCUCAAGCGGAAACGCGAGGACAUUGAGAAGGACCCAAAGCUGAAGGAGUUUCUCGACGUCAUGCAGAUACCCUCAAAACAAAAGGCGUGGGCGAACGAUGACACACAACUGGGGGUGCAGUCUACCCCUGUUGUGGAGCCAGCCGAAGAGGUUGUCAUUCCGGAAGGCGAGAGCGACGACGAGUACCAGGUGCUGUCGAAAAAGCCCAAGACUGUCGAGCGAAACCCGUCACCUGUAGUGGAACCUGCAGUGGAGCCUCAACAGAUCAUUCCCGACGCAGACGAUGCCCCAAAACAAGUUGACGAUUCCGAGGAGCUCCCUGAUGCGCCUGCUGUUGAGGCCGGCCCUGUCUCCGAUGCUGACUGGCUCCGGUCACGGACAAAUCGAGUUCUUGAUCUUGUGGAAGAAGAUAAGGACAGUUCACUACCACCGCCACCGCCAGCGGUCAAGCACGACGCGGAGAUGUUUGAGGAGCAGCCUGAAGCUUCAGUCGCUCAGCUCGAGCCUGCACCAGCAGAAGAAGCUCAAGAUGAAGAUGCUGCGCCAACGGAAGAGGACAAGGUGCGCCAGACUGGCCGACUGUUUCUGAGAAAUCUUCAUUACGACGUCACUGAAGAUGACAUACGGGAACAGUUUGCCAAGUUUGGCACACUCGAAGAGGUCCACGUCCCGACGAAGAAGGUCGACGGGAAAGGCAAAGGAUUCGCAUUCGUGCAAUUCGAGGAUCCUGGCCAGGCGGUCGAAGCGUAUCUUGACAACGAUGGUACUAUCUUCCAAGGAAGACUGCUCCACAUCAUCUCGGGCAAGGCAAAACGUAACGAUGCACUCGAUGAGUUUGCCAUUUCGAAGUUGCCACUCAAGAAACAGAAGGAAGUGCUCCGGAAGAAGAACGCCUCCGCGGCGACCUUCAACUGGAAUUCACUGUAUCUCAAUACUGAUGCUGUGCUGUCUACGGUGGCGGAGCGUCUCAACAUCAGCAAGGCUGAGCUCUUGGAUCCCACUUCUGCAGAUGCUGCGGUCAAGCAAGCCCAUGCUGAAGCGCACAUCAUCCAGGAGACUAAGGGGUACUUCACAAAGAACGGCGUGGACCUUGAAGCAUUCAAGAGAAGCGCAAAGGGCGAUGUUGCCAUCCUUGUCAAGAACAUUCCACACGGAGUGAAUUCAGACGAGGUACGGCAACUUUUCGAAGAGCAUGGCACCAUUCGCAGGUUUUUGAUGCCACCCACAGGCAUGACUGCCAUCGUCGAGUUCGCGAACGCAGGGCAAGCAAAGUCUGCAUUCAUGUCUCUGUCGUACAAGAAGAUGAAGGAUUCUAUCUUGUACCUCGAGAAGGCACCCAAAGAUCUCUUCAAGGAAGGCGCGAUUAGCGCCACAGCAUCUGCGCCCACUGCAGCUUCUGACAAGCCUGGCGCAGUAUUGUCUGCCCAGGACUUGCUUGAAGAGGAGCCAGAGUCGACCAACACGGUUACACUACACGUGAAGAACUUGAACUUUACAACCACGACGCAGAAGCUUUGUGAGACAUUUAAGCCAUUGGCUGGGUUCCGCAGCGCGGUCGUUCGAACCAAGAUCGACCCCAAGCGCGGUGUACUCUCCCUCGGUUAUGGUUUCGUUGACUUUAGUAGCUCCGAAACAGCUUCUGCGGCGCUGCGAGCCAUGGAUGGCUAUAGCCUUGAAGGCCAUACCCUCAAGAUCCAAGCCUCGCACAGAGGAGCUGACGCUGCUGAAGAGCGACGAAAGGAGGACGCUGCCAAAAAGGCUGCCGGGACGAAGAUCCUUAUUAAGAACUUGCCUUUCGAAGCUACCAAAAAAGAUGUGCGCGCGCUCUUUGCCCCUUACGGAUCCUUGCGCUCGGUCAGGGUGCCGAAGAAAUUCGAUUCGUCUUCUCGUGGAUUUGCCUUCGCCGAGUUUUCGACGAAACGCGAUGCUGCCAAUGCGAUGAGCCAACUUCGUGGCACUCAUUUGCUGGGUAGACACCUUGUUCUCAGUUUUGCUGAGACUGAGGCGGACGACCCAGAACUGGAGCUGGAGAAGAUGCAACAGAAGGUUGGGUCGCAGGCGAACAAAGUUGCCCUGCAGCGUUUGACGUCAGGCGGACGGAAAAAGUUUAACGUUGCAGGUACCGACGAUCUAGACGAAGCUUAG